GGGCUUGUCAUUUUAUUCUGCACUGAUUGGUUGAAAUCUGUUUGUUCUCUAAUCCAAUCAUUGAAAGGUGACCUUAACACAUCAAUCUCAACCAAUAAGCAUUUAACAUUAAAUGAUUGAAUAUUUUGUCUAACUGAAUGUCCCCUUCAUCAUGUAUGUUUUGUCGGAAUAGGUUUAUAGUAAUUGUUAUAAUCAUGCCAAGAUUUCUUUUGCCAUUCACUGAAAUUUCUAUCAUCGCUGUUAUUAUUUACUAACGCCACUCUAUCUGGUAUGUUGGGAAGCUGAUACAAAUAUGAAAUCGCAUACAUACACCAUCCCCACCCCCUUUGUUACAGUUAAGGAGGGGUAAAAGGAAUAAUAAUUACUAUUAUUAACAAUUCUGUUUUCUUUUUUACAAGAGUCACUACUUUUAUCCCUGUUCUAAAUCUUUCUGUCCUUAGUUGACUGACAUAUGAAACACGUCUUAAAACAAGCGAUAUUUAAAAUGAUGACUACUUUUUCCACUCAAUGUAAUCAGUCAUACUUUUGCAAAUCUCACUAACACAUAAUAUCAUACAUUGAAUAUACAUGGGAAAAUAGUGACUAUUAAAAGGAAAAAAUAUCCAACUGACACAUUGAUCUAGUCAGUUAUUAUCAGUAAUUAUUUUGAUGUGCAAAUUGGAUUAAGUGAAUAAAAUCAUCACUACAAACCGAUCAUAUUUUGUUUACGCUCGGGAAUAAAAUGGUCAUGAUAACCUCACUGGAAAAUCGCAAUACUGUUAUUGUGUGAACCCAUACACACUGUUGAACCUAACAACAGAAUAUACUCAAAAAAUUUUCCAACAGAAUUAAUCCCAGUUGUCAAAGGAUCAAGCACAGAAAUUACAAACUGUUAAUUGUAUCAUUAAAAUAGACUCUUUUCUUGAAGACGAAUCAAUUUUAGUUUGACAGAUAUACAAACAUAACACAUUUACUUAACAAGUACUGUACACAAAACAAGUUAACUUUUCAUUUUUCAUAUGAUUAUGCCAUGUGUGGGAAUUUUAUCACCUAUAAUCAUGGACACAUCAUCAUCUUCAACUAAUCAAAUUAACACUUGUAGAUCAACUGAUUUUAGCCUACCUGAAAUUAACUCACCAUCAUCACAUACCCUUGAAAAUUCUGAUUAUAUGGGAUCAGGACACCGGAAAAGCAGUAAUAAUAAUAUUGAUAUAAAUAAUUCCAAUAAACCUCAGAAUUGUUCGCCCGAUUUAUCACAUUUAUCGUAUACAAUGGUUAGUACUCCACAGCCUCCUCCAUUGGACUUGUCCAAUAUACCGACUUCUCCAAGUAAAUCUCAGGCUAUAGAUUUUAUGGAGGUAUCAAGUGGGAAGAUACAAAACUCUCCAAAAACGAUUGGUUCCCUUGAAACGAAUACUACUUCUACCACUGUUACUGUUACUGUCACUACUACUGUUAGUAGUACAGCAGAUACAAAUCAUGAUGCAUCUGUUAAUAGUAAAUCAAAUAUGAAAUAUGAAGUGAAUUCAAAUCCACAAGAUUUAAAUCCUAUCCUUCCCACAAUAGAAAAACUAGUCAAUGUCAACUGGAUCGAAGCAUUAAAACAAUAUACGGAGCCACAUAUGACAAUAAAAACAAAUACCAAUGAGUCAAACUUAGAUAAUGAAAUAGAUUUAACUAAAACAUCUGAGCAUACCAACAAUAAUAAGCUAAAUAAUGAACAAAUAAACUUGAAUUCACAGACACCAUCUCCAGAUCUUACUGCCCAUUUUCAAGCAAUAAUAACUAAUUUAAGUGAAUUCUUAUUUAAUUCUUCACAACUAACGAAUUUUCCCAAAAAUCCCAUGAUUGGUAACUUAAGUUAUUCUUCGCCAUCUUCAGCAACAACUACUAGUGUUUCAUUAUCUAAUAGUUCCACUAGUCAAAUAAACUCAGAUAACUUGAAGUUCGAUAAUCGAAACCAACAAUCGACCAGUUUAUCGAAUUCUAUAUAUCCGCAAAACUAUAUUGAACAUCAAACAGGCUACAAUAUGUUCAAUGCUGCUGAUCUUAGUUCAACGAAUCCAUCAUUAGCAAUAACUGCUUCUUUAUUAAGUUUACUAGUUGGUGGUCAAAAACCAAGUCCAUUUCUUGAACAGUCAUUAACGCAACCUUCUACUUACUCCAAAUGUCCAAUAUCUUCGCCAAAAUCUUGUCAGUCUCCUGACUUUUACCCUCAACAGUUUUUAGGAAAUACAUCUAUAGUACCAACCCCAUCAUCGUCACAAGUUCCUCCAUCGAAAUUUUCCAAAUCUCCAGUUACAUUACAACAUAUGCCUCUUCAAAGUUCUCUUAGUCCACAUCGGUCACUAGCACCUACAUCAUGUCCACUAGUAGAUUUGCCUAAUUUGAAUGAAUCAAAAUCAUCUGAUCCACGUGAUCUGCUUUACCAACUUGGACAACAGCUAAUGGCCAUGGCAACAUCUGGUAUAAAUGGUACAAGGCCUAGUUUAGAUUUAUGGAAUAUGAGUAACACGGAUGGCAAUUAUAAUUCAUUAAAUUUAACAUCAUUAAGCAAUCGUUCAAAUCCUGCAUACAUUCAGCCACAUAUUAACUCAAAUACUGGUCAUAUUCCUGAACAAGUCAAGUCACCAUCCUUAUCAUCAUCGUCAUCUUUAGUACCAUCUGUAACAUCAUCAUCAUUUAAUACAAGUGGACUGGAAAAGAGUUUUCACCAAAUUCCACCCCCACUUCAACAACAUCAUCCUAACACGAAUACGGGACCCUUUAGUGGAAUAUCAAUGCGUGGUAAUCAAAAAUACAGUGCAUAUUAUCAACAUCAAAGGAAACAAGGUUUUCAGACAGGUGGAAUGAAUGAAUAUGUUAAUAAUACAGUUGGCAGACGUCAAAGAAACUCUCUUAGCCCUUUGUCGACAAAUACACGUUAUGUAGGACGUCGUUUAAGAAGCGGCUUAAAUAAUACAUUACUAUCUGGUACAAACUUAGAAGUGAGGAAUUCACAAAGAUUUCCAGCCAUAAGAAAUCAAACAGCAUCAACUGGAAAUACUGCUAAUACUACUAAUAGUAACAGUAAUAAUACUGGCAACACAGUUAGCGGUAGUGGCAAUUUAUGUCCAAAUUUUCGUGGGAACACAUCAUACCGAAUGAUGUCUAAUAUAGGAAAUAUAGCUAGCAGUCAUAUACUGAAUCCUAUAAAAUCUCAUCUUCAAGCCGAAAAUAUGAAUAACACUACUCAUGGACAUAUUAGUAGUAAUAAUAGCAGUAACAAUAAUUCAACUCAACAGACUACACGUCAUCGUGAAACAGCAUUCAUAUGUAGUUGUGGCAAAGAUUUUGAAAGUCUCUACAUAUUUACUCUGCAUAUGAAAGAUACUGGGCAUAAACCAAAAUGUGAUCAAGCUGAAAAGGAUAUACCGAAAUUGGUGAGAGGUCAGGAUAUGUGGAUUAAUAGUGAAACAGAACAAACACGUGAAAUACUUCGUUGUAUGCGUUGUCAUCAAUCAUUUCGUAGUCUUCCUGAGCUUACAAUGCACAUGAUGAAAACAAACCAUUAUUCUGAAAUAGUAUACAACGAUUCUGGCCGUUGUGUCUUUGUUAAUCCUGAUGAUAAUCGACGAGGUAGUAGUAGCACUGUGGGUUCUAGUCAUUAUUCUGGAAGUAGUAACCUAUCUCAAACACCCGGAAAGUCAGGACUAUCUGUUAUUGGUACUUUCAGUGGGAGGAGAUCACAUCGAAAUAUGAAUAUGAAUUGGUUAAAUAACACUCAAACUAAUAAUUCUAAUGCACGCUUAUCAUCUAAUGAAGAAUUGAAUUCUGUAAUGAAACAGAAUAUUAAACAACAUACGCUUACAUGUGAUAAAUACGAUACUGAUAAUUCAGGAGAGAUUUCGAAACGAUUUGGACAUUUAGAUGAUGAAAAACAUCUUAUAAAGUCUAAUCAACUUUCUACUUCUAAAGGAUACCGUGAAGAAGGGAAAAUUGAAGAUGGAGAAAUCCAAGACAAAUAUCAAGUAGAUGCUCAAAAUAAUAUCAAUUCAUUAUCAUCACCAACAUCAUCUCAACUCGGUGUCUCUUUAUCUCCAUCUUCCACAUUAUGUAAAACUGAAGAAGAAAAUCAACAGUCUGCAAAAUCAUCUUUAGUGUAUGAUGAUGCUUUAGAUAAAAUUACUAGAAAACAAGAUACAGAAUUAUCGGAAAGUGAAAACAACAAUAAUGUUCUGCAAAAAAUGGAAUCAUUCGUUGAUAUAUCAAUAAAUAAUAACAGUUUAUCAACUAAAAAUGAAUUAUCGAGUCAAAAUUUUAUUCAGUCCACUUCACCUGAGUCUGUUAUCAGUGUUGUGGAAAGAAAUUCUCCAACAAUGAGAUUAUCACCAAAAUUACAUCGUAAACGUACUUACUCGGAAGCUGGUAUCUCUAUUAAUUCAGUUUCAGAUAUUCCAACUAAUAAUACUUCCACAUCUAUUGAUACUGUUUCCUACACUCCAACUUCUAGUCCUGUUACUACGUCAAGAAACGAGUUAAAUUAUGAUGAGAAACUUGAUUCUGAUAUGACAGUAGAUGAUAAACAAGUAAUACCAAGCACUUCUAAUUCAUCAAAUACAUCAUCAAAAGUAUCUAGUACAAGUGAAAUAAAUAAAAAUUUCUCUGAAAGUCCCUUAUCUUCCUUACAAAAAUUAGUGGAUACAACACAUAAACCAGUUAAAUCUUCAAGUAUAUUAAAUCCCAGUAGUUCCACAAAUUAUUCCAGCUUAAAUUUAACAAAUAAUAACAUGAUAUCGAGUAAUACUAAUAACAAUAAAUUUUCCAGAUCUUCAGGCUUAACUAACACAACUACUGUUCAUUCACAAUAUUCACCGAAUAAAUCCGGUAUGAAUACAUGUCCUAAUUCACCAUAUUCUGUCCAUUCGACAAUUUCUUCUGGCAAACUUCAAACAAGUCCUUUAUCAUCACCAAUAGCAGAAAAUGAUAAUUUAAUCCCUGCAUUAUCAGCAUUAUAUGCUUAUGUUGAAAGAUCAUCAUCAUCAUCAUCAACGCAACUUCGUGAUAACCAGUGUAACUUUAAAAACGACUUAGCUUCUCCGAAUAAUGGUAUUAAUAAUAAUAAUAAUAAUAAUAAUAAUAAUAAUGGUAAUAAUAGUAGUAACAAUGAUAAUUGUGAAUUAAGUAAAGAUAAUUUAUCAUUUAAUAAUCCUGAUAAAUUAAGUGAUAUUAAUUCCUGUGUAUCUUCACCGUCUUUGCUAAACCACUUAUCAACUUCUACUAUUAAUUUCAAUGCACCUAACUAUCCAUGUAAUAACGAUAAUGCAACAUUAUUAUCAUCCCAGUCAUCACCACAACAUUCAGCAGUUAUGUCACAGAUGUUGCCAACAUUUCCAAUACUUACUCACCCAUUGAUACAAGCAAUUUAUGACGCUGCUAUGUCUAACUUAGCAGGACAGUAUUUAAAUCCACAAAUUUCUACUUCUUCAAGUAAUACAUCAAUCAAUGACCCUUUAAAUACUUUUAAAUAUGCUGUAAUGAAUUUUAAAGAAGGAUUAGAUUCAUUUGAAGUUAGUUCGACAAAUAUACAAUCCAAUGUAAUACAAACACCACCAUCAUCAUCAUCAUCAACAACAACAACCCCAAUGCUACCAUCAAUCGGGAAUAAUAAUGGAAAUGAUGGACAUACAAUGGAUUUAGCUAACAACUGGCUUAACAUGUUACGUUCAUUAGUUGAAAGUACGGAAAAGUCCGAUGGAAUUAAUUCUAGAUGUUGCAAAUCGAUUAAUUCUUAUUCUGAAUCACCAAACUCCAACAUGAGUACUGCAUCAGACAGAUUUGGAAAUCACCGAUUGGAUGAUUUUACUCAUCAUUCAUCAAAUCCGAAGUCAUUGCCCACCACUGCAGUACAUGAACAGUCCACAUCGAAUACACAACAGAAAAUGUUACCAUCUUUGCAAAAUGAUUCAAUGCAUUUAAAUUAUUCUUUAGCAAUGAAUCGUAAUAGAUCAAAUUACUCAUAUAAUCCAACUUUACCAUCUUCAUCAUCACCCAUGUCAACAACAGUGAUGAAUACACCGAAUAUGUUGGCAGUUAAUCGAUCAACAAAUAUUUCAUCAUCAUUUCAUUCAGUGAUAAAUAGGAGUUUAAGUUCUUAUACUACUGCUAAUAACAACAAUAACAGUAACAAUAUAAGUAGUAAUAUCAAUAAUACCAACAAUAAUAACAUAAUGACAACAAUUACUAAAAAAGCUAAAUGUCACUUUUGUGGUAAACCGUUCGCUAAUAAAGGCCAAGUACGAUUGCAUAUUAGUAAAAAUAAAUGUCCAUGUCUGCUUCAACAAUCAUGUCAUGUAGCAGCAUUAACAGCUGCUUUCGGAUCGAGCACUAAUAACAAUACUAAUACAGUGACAAAUAAUAAUAAUAAUAGUGUUCGAAAAAUACCACAAUCUGUUGGAACAGUUAAAUCAAAUCCAGUUAACACUUAUUUAUCUUCCACUGUAACUAAACGUAAUAACAACAUUACCAGUGGUAAUACUAUUAUUGCUACUACUAAUAAUAGUAACGUUAGUCAGAACUUUACUGAUUCAAUACAUCAUUGCACAUCUAAUUCUCUUGGAUCUAAUUCAAAAGAUGAUUUGACGAGUGCUCCAUCCGCUUUGAGCUUGUUGAAAGAGCGAUUCCAAAAUUAUGAUGUUAAUCAAAAUUCAACUAAUUAUCCCAACUUCUCUUCAUACUUACCUACAAAUGUAAGUAAUUCGUUGGAACUUAAAUUAACUCCCGCAUCAUCUUCUACGAUAGCAUCACUGUCAUCUUCAAACAGCGUUUUUCCAUAUUCAAGUAAGACUUCCACGGCUUCAAUGCCGAUAUCAUCUUCCAUGUCCAAUAUGUCAUGGUUAGGUGGGUUAAAUUGUACACCAUCAUUCCCAACCUCUCAGUUAAAUAAAGAUGCUGAAUUUAUGAAUACUUCAAUUCCAGGGGCAGCUUCUACCGCUGCUGCUGUAAAUGCAGGUCAUCUGGCUGCUAUGGCAUUGCUUGCUCAAACUCUUGUCCAGUUAAAAAAUGCGUCACAGUCACCUUCAACAUCUAAUCCACCCCUAUCCCAGUUGAUGGACAGUGUUAACAGUAAUAUCAGUAAGACCAAUAUGACUUCGCCAAAACCGAAUUCUUCGGAAAAUUUAUCUGAACCAAAUAAUCCUCUAUUACCACUUAUUGCUUCAAAUUUGCUUAAUUUAAAACCUUCAAACCAAACAACACAAUCUGGUGCGCCAUUUAAUUUUAAUUUAGAGAGUCUGUUUAAUCAGAUGAAUAUGGCAAAGCAGCUGAACUCAUUUAAUUGGCCAAUAAAUAACCAAGCAGUGAAUAUAGAUGAUAAUCAGUCAUAUCGACAACCUCAACAAUCUCAACAACAACAACCACAAAAUUAGUAGUAGCAAUAAUAUUAGUAAUAAUCUUGAUAAAUAGAUGGAUUAAAAAUUGGUCAUCUUAAUUCUAACUAUGAACUUAUUCUUUUUAUAUAGGUCAGUUAUUUAAGUCAUCAAUUCACGGUGUUCCAUUUCCAUCAACACCUUCCAGGUUUAUUUUCGUUCAAUAAAUUUGCAAUAUACAUAAUUUCCACUGGGCUUAUAAAUUAUUCUUAUUUCUAAAUAACCUUAUCAUAAAUUGUCAGUCAUAUAGAACCAAUCAGUAACAUAAUCUACAAAUUAUAUUUUUUGUUUGGUCUUAUGUUGAGUCAGAGCGCCAUGAACAAUAAUUUGAAGAAAAAAAAGACAAAAACAAAAUAAAAUUAAUUUACUUUGAGAAAAUUUACAUUAUUCAUACUGGAAAAUAUUCCAACUUUGAAAUACUAACCCAAUACUACUUUUGAUAUUAUUUGCUUACACAAUUACCAUAACACUUUUUUCCCUUUUAACUAUGUAUGUAUAAAACUGACUUAUUGGUGUCCGAAGACCCUUUCUUCUUUGUAAAUACUAUAAAUAUUACUACUGUUUGUGAAUUAAUCAUAGAAUGUUAAAACUCCUAAUACUACUGUUACUCAAAAUAUCGACAAUCUUCAAAUGUGACAUUACAAACUGAUUUCGUAAAUUGUAAUAAUUCUACUUAAAAAUAAAAUCAUUAAUAAUCUAUCAACGGGAAGGUAUACUGACAAUAAAUUAUUGUGAUAAUUAUUGGUUGAAUUGUUUCCUAUUUUUUAUUGCUUUACUUAUGAUCCUCUAUUUUCAUCUCUUCAACGUUUCUUCAUUUGUUAUUUGUGUUUUUUUGGGGGGGGGUCGAUGAAACUAAGAGUCCUGCCUAGUCGUUUCUUAUAUCAUGUCUCAUCAUAACGAGAUGGUUACUCUAAGUAGCAAACUACUGUAAGAUUUGUAAUAUUGUUCAAUACUAUAUUCAUUCUGUCAUUUAUUUAUUGGUAAAUCAAUUAUCUGAUCAGUUAGUAAUUAUAGUUUAUUCAGAAUUAAAGAUGUUUACCGAAUUAUUUUCUCUUUGUCGUUCUUUAGCGAUUUCAAACAUAGUCAUUCUCGUUUCAUGACUACGAUAUUCUUCUACUUUACUCACCACUGAAAAGGGUUUUAGUCUUUAUUAAAUUUCUCUUUAAAACAGUAAGUAGGAAACCUACCAUUACGUUGCUUUUUCAAGUUUUCUCUUUUAAUCUUUAUUGUGAUUUUUUUCUUCUUACCUGCCUACUUAAUUAUUCAUUUAGUUUUUAGUUUUCGUUCAACUAUGAUAUAUAUAUAUAUAUAUAUGGAAAUGUAUGAGAGAAUCACCGGUUAAAUUGUCCGCUUUCAUGUUAUUGUCAUUGUUGCCGUCGUUUCUUUUCGCAUUUUUCUCUUAUUGUUCAAUUUUUUUCCUUCUUUCGUAUUUCCUCUGUAUGUACAAAUGUCAUAUAUAUAUAUAUAUAUAUAUAUAUAUAUACUUAAAUCUUUAAAAUAAAUAAUAUUUCUGAGCAGUUAUACUAAUGCUUCUCUUCUCAUCGUAUCAUUCAAGUGGUAUGUCAUCUAAUAAAGAAUAUUUAUGAGAUAUUAUUCCACUAAUAUCCUACUAUUAACUCAUCUUCAUAAACAAUUAUGAAUAAGUUACUGAAAGCUCUUAAACAGGAAUAUGAUUACCAAGUGUACAAAUUUCAUGAAUCAAUGAGCUGUAUAAUUGGAUCAUUGGUUUUAUUGAUCGAUCUAGAGGUGGCCUUUCUAAUGUCUUAUUGUGUAAAUUAAAGACAGAUAAUAGAAACAACAGAGAAUGGAAUCAAAAUUUUCGUCUAAAAUGUUCUAAAAAUCACGUUGAGUUACUUUCCAGUGAUGAAUAAAUAACAAUCAGACAUGGUAUGGUUAGUUUUUUAUUUGGAAUAUACCAGAUCAGGAUAUUUUAGCCAUACCGUGCUUGAAAACACUUUUCGAAUGUCUAGUACAUAUUUUAUCGGCAGAUACGGUACUACCAAACAUUUUUAAAAUUCAGUUUCUGCAAGCUAGACAUAUCCGAUCUCAUCUUCUCAAUUUAAUUGAUAUACAAUAAUCUGUAUGAUUGUGGGGUUAGUGAAAAUAAUUCUUUAAUCGUUUUCCUAUAAUAUCGUGUUUGGCGAUUUCAACAUGCAUAGUUGUGUACCAUUCAGUCAGCUUCUAUACGCAACAUUACUCACAUAUCAUAUUUCUGACUGAGAGAAAAAUAAAGAGAGUAUUUGAAAGCCGAUUCUGUUUACGAUAAAAUUUAAAUUCAUCAGUUUGAUAAAAAGAAUUACCCUAAUUAAAUCAUACAUUGAUAUUCAUCAAUGGAUCUCAGUAAAAAAAAUACUUGAAUAUCAGUCACUAAAAAAUAGUUUAAAACGCGCUUCAUUUACUUUUUGCUUAAUAGAAAAAAUACUCGUUUGUCUACUUUUCAUUUGUGCUAUUCUAAGCUUAGUGUAUAAACUUGUUAUUGAGUUAUGAGUAUUUAGUGUCACGAUCUCAGUCAAUGAAUUGAUGAUUAUUCAUUCAUGAUUACUCACUCUUCAAUUUUUUUUUUCAGUUGGCUCUUAAGCAUAAGCAACAGUCAUAACAACAUGUAAUUCAAAUUGUUCUAAAAGGUCAAUUUUUUAUCACACCAGCUGUUUUCCGAAAAUAUGGUUUUCGCUAUAAAAUUUAUACGUAUAAUUAUAUAUAUAUAUACGAACGCAAGCACAUACGAGAGAUUUAUCUCAUGUUACUUUAAUCUUUUUGCGGGUAAUUAAUGGCUUAUCUUAUUGCUUCGCUAUCUCAGUCCCCUUCAUCUCUCUAUCAAAAAUUCACUCUAUAUCUACUAAAUAUACAUGCAGAUAAACACAUAAUUUAGAACUAUAUUGAUAUGUGCUUAAAUGAAAAACUGAAAUUUUCUUAAAGAGCCAGAAAGAUAAGUGCAUACACCUCUAUGACAUAUAGACAUGCAUAUAAAAAUAAAUUAUUUUAUCACUGAGAUAGAUAACAGAUAAUAAUGGGCUUGAUUUAUUACUGAUUUCAACGAUAAGUAAUGUUGAUUUGUUGGUUUGAAUUUAUCUGGAAAAGUUUGAAGUAGUGGGCCAUCUAAUAUACGAAUUAUGUUCUUUAAAGCGUAUAAUUUUAUAAAUUGUGUGUAGUCAUUGGUCAGGAAAUUUAUGGAACAGAGUAUAUAAGAUGCUUUGAAAUUUAUAUUUGAUUAACUUAGAGGGCUGAAAUAAUCGUUUUUUGAUGUACUCUCUACGCAGGUGAAUAAAUAUAUCAUGCAAAUAAUUUUAUGGAUUGCUCUAUAGUAACUAUAAGUCAUCACUUUGCCACAAAGCAAACAGAUCAUCUUGCAAAUCGAUCAAUAGAAUCCAACCAACAUCAAGGAUUAGCUAAGUAUGAUAUCACUUAUGGCUCAGUGAUCAAUUGAUGUGUAUAUACACACAGGAGAUUAGUCACCUGAACAACUCAGUUGUAAUGUCCGUGACAUUGGCAUGAAGUGACGUGGAUCCGAACCCCACAACAAGUAUUUAUUUUCUCAAGACUUUAGAUAUACCCUGUUGAAGAGUGCUUCUCAACAGAUAAUUUAGAUUUAUUUCAACCUACUGAUUGCUUACAACCACACGGUGUAAAAGUCAUCUAUUAAUUACUCAUGAAGGCAUAUAAAUAACUGAGAUUUAUAUGUUAUGGUCUUUCUUACAUCAGAAUCAUAUUCACAAAACAGAGGUUUUAUAUGCUGGAUGGUUUGGAGCAACUAUAUGGAUGUUCUAAACUUACACAAUGUUUUCGGCAGUCAUCAGGAAAAUGUACAAGAAGUCUUGAUAGAUCUGAGGCUCCCUCAAAUACUCAGACAUCUGUCCAAGACAUAAAAAGUCCACGUUGAUGUCAAAUCACUUCGUUUAUUGGUUACAGUGCAGGACUAUUUAUCAUGGCAUUGAUUACCACUGAGUGAAAGAUUCCUUCAAUUUUGUAUGGCUUGCCAAAAAUUUAUCUAACAGUAUUUAGUUACAAAUUCUACAAUAUUUACUGCAAAUAACCUGCAAACUUUUAACAGGGAAACA